AGAAAGGACGGAAGAAAGGAGAGGGAGGAGACGAGGAAGAAGAAGGAAUCCUCUCUCUCUCUCUCUUCCUCUUUCCUUCUUGGCUUAGAAUUCGCUAACAGACGCGUCCCCUCACAGACAAAGAGGCCUGCCAAAAAAAAUCAGUUGCUGGCACGAUCUCAGAAGCAAGAAAACAUUCAUUCAAUCCAUCCCCUUCCCCGCCUCCCCUUGUCAGUAUCAUUAUUGUAUUUCAAAUUCCUCAAUAGAAUAAUAAUAAUAAUAACAAUAUAAGCCGGAGUGGCCCUUAAACCUCGAGCAGGGCGUCAUUGAUUCUUCGCUGGUUAAGGUGAAGAACGAAGAAGGAGCUUACGGGAGAGAGAAAGAAGGUAUUCUGCAUCUGAGUGAUGGCUGAGGAGAAUAACAACCCACCAGCCACGCCGGAGCCAAUAAAACGUGAAAAGGUCAACCUGAGAAGGUACUCAAUGGGCCCAUCAAGUUCUUCCAGUUCAACCCCGAACUAUCUUAGAGCUUCAACUGGUUCCUGCCAUGAUUUCUGCAAGUAUGGUAAAGCGCACUCUUGUGAACCGAAGGCCAGAAAUCCCUUUCCCAAGAGGCUCAUCAAGAGGCCGCCUGAAGACGAGAUCCUAGUGAAGAGCGCAGUUUUCCCUGAAAGGAUUAAGAAGUCUCCAGUAAAUCGACCCAAAUCAUCAUCUGGUGCUGAAAUUCCUGUCCGUGAAGCUUCUGAUAUAGUAAAACAGAAGGUGCUGAAGGCUGAAAGGCGAAAUUCGAUGAGAGGUGAUCUUCAGGUUGAGAAGAAGAAGACAACUCCUGCAGUGGCGACCAAGUCCUCACUCAAUUCAAGUACCCUUUCACUGAAUGCCAGAAAACCCAUGAAGAAGGAUGGCUUCUCGACCAAUGAGACCUCCAAAGGAGUCAUGCCAACCGAUGAGACCUCCAAACGAGUCAUGCCCACCAAUGAGAUCUCCAAACGAGACAUGCCAACCAAUGAGACCUCGAAAGGAGUCUUGCCAGCCAAUGAGACCCCGAAAAGGGCCCUGCCAAAACCCAAAGAGAGGAGACUAUCGGGGAGCAUUGUUACACCCGUGAAGUCAAGUCCUUUGAUCCUCAGGCGGUUAUCCACUUCCAAUGACUCCUCUCAGUUAAGGCUCCAAAAGAAGGGUGAGACUAAGACACGAGAAAGCCCUCGGACCCAGAAAAGAGUAGGGACCAAGAAUCUAAAUGUGUUCUCUAGUGCUCCCCCGCCCUCAAAACCAUCCAUCAGCAAAAGAAUUACGGUCAAGAAUGUUCCAAGAACGAUAGUGGGCAAGAAAGUGACUAAUGGAGCAACCUCUGGGAAGAGCGAAGAUGAAGUUAAGAAUGUUGGGGUGAGCAAUAAAGAAGAAAUCGCCGAGAAAACUUUAUACAUUGUGAAUGUGGAAGAAACUGAGAGCAAAACCUCUGGGGCAAUUACUAGUGAGAGGAUUGAUGUCAAUAUGGGAGAGGUGAGCAAUAAAGAAGAAAUUGUCGAGAAGACUUUAUACAUUGUGAAUGUGGAAGAAACUGAGAGCAAAACCUCCGAGGCAAUUACUAGUGAGAGUAUUGAUGUCAAUGUUGUGAAUGUAGAAGAAACUGAGAGCAAACCUUUGGAAGUGGUCCCUGAUGAAACUAUUGCUGAGAGUAAUAUAGAGAAUGUUGAAGAAAUUGAGAAUAGAUCCUCGAAUGAGAGUGUUGCUGAGAGUAUUUCCCUACCUUUAGGCGAGUCCCCGUCCUUGUCUCCCUCAGACUCUCCUCCUCUACUACAACAAGAUGAUCAAACAGAGUCUGAGUAUACCAUGAGUGAAUCAGAGGAGUACUCUGCCUCGGACUAUGAAGAAUCCAAUUUAAUGCAAGGGAGCGGGGUUUCAGAAGAAGGCGACGGAAAGAAUCAGCCCAGAAAGGGAAGGCACCAUCUGCCCGAGCCUGAAGAAGGAUCCAAGCCAACGAAGCUGCGGUUCAGGAGGGGAAGAAUAAUCGAUGUUCAGCAUGAGAGCAAUACUCCAAGGAGGCUUAGGUUUCGGCGAGGCAGGUUACCAGGCGAGACCAAGAAUCUGAAUCCCGAACCUAGGAGGAAGAAGAGGGAACAGAUCGAGGCGGUGAGCAAUAAUGAUGGAAGUGAAGAGGGGUCCACGAAAGUCAUCCUGAGGCACAGUGAUGUUCAGGAGAAGAAAGAUGCGAAGGGUCUGUUCAACAAUGUGAUUGAGGAAACAGCCAGUAAGCUUGUGGAGACAAGGAAGAGUAAGGUCAAGGCGUUGGUCGGCGCCUUUGAGACCGUCAUCUCUUUACAGGACACCAAGCCUGCUGCAAAUACGUAGCUGGGCGACAGAGAAUAAGAAGUUGGUUUGGUUUUCUUGCUAAUGAGAGAAUAAAGCUGCAAUCUCUUGUAAGGAAAGAGAUUGAUUCGACAUAACUCAUUAAGGUACAGAAUUUUGAAGUUUUUGAGUUUUCUCUGGUCUUAUUGAUCUUGCUUUCCGUAAAUUUUACAGUACUUUGGAUUUCCAUCGGGCGUUGUCUGAUUGAGUGUUGAUAUCUCUAGGGAACAAUAGGUUUGAAGUUUUUGUUUAUGUACAUUAAUACAGAAAUAAAACGGCUUUGCUAAGAUUGCUGACUCUUAGCUUCGAGGAGCA